UGGUGGUUUUUAAGCAUUUCCAGAAUAUCGGAGUACAUUGGUAAGGUGUGGGCGGAUGCCGCUGUGCUCUCCAUUAUUGAUGGAGUUGAAUUAUGAGAAACUGCAGAGUCUCAUUGAGACAGCGUGGGCUCUGAAUCAUAAACUCAACAGUGAAAUCGAAAACACCAUCAGUUUCUGCAGGUUUUGCUCAGAUCACGGUCGAUUCUGUCACGUUCCAGAGGUCCCGUUCCAGGAGAGGGAGAAAUUGAUUGCCAUUAGGGAUUCGUUGAAGGACGUUCAGAAUAUUCUACUGUAUAUUCAGAGGUUGUGGUCGUGGCAGGAGAUAGAUCGGCGUGCGGCGCUCGUCCGAUUGGAAGAGAGCAGAUUGUUUCUCCUAAAAGCGGUGGCGCGAUAUCGAGGAAGAGAGCUGGAUGUGGUGAAGGAGGUGAACGCGUUUGGCUGGAAUAUGAAACAAUCGGCGGCGACGGAGGAUUCCGUACGGAACAAGAAGAGGAGGAUUUCCAGUUUCAUGGUUUGCUGCAUUGGGAUUUUGGUUAAUCCAUCGAACUGGAUGAAUGCCGCGGGAUUUGCAGUGAAAUUGUUUCUGAUUUCCGCGACUCUUUCCUCCACGAUUCAUUUCCGUCAUGCCAAACAAGGAUCCAGGAAAAUUGUUACAAUUAUGGAUUCAACGGAAUCAGAAAGAAGAAUCGAUACUUUACCAACACUGUCAAAGAGCCCUCUGGAUGUAUUUUGUGGAAGGGGCUAAUUCUUCCCUUUAAAAAUAAAAAAA